AUGUUCUCGAAUCGCCGAGCUGUCCGCCCGCUGCGACCUAUCGUGGUCGUCGUCGUCCUGUGUGGCCUCUACUGGGUCAGCGGCUUCCCCCGAACCUAUGAUGAUGACGAAUUGCCUCCGAGCCAGCAGAGCCAACGAAUGAGCACUUCCAGCGCCGUUGAAUCUGACCAGCUUAUUGUCUCGAUCAAAACUACCACUUCCAACGCGUGGACAGAGCUACCGCCGCUGCUGGUGCUCACGGACCCCGCAUACCACGACUCGUUGCUGUUGAUGGGAGAUUUCCGGCUCAAUCUGGGACCUUUCAUCGUGGAAGAUGUGCUGGACCGAUAUACAGAGAGCUUUGUGGAAGAUAAUCCAGAGAUGGACCGGUAUCGGAAGACACUCGAAUUCGCCGACAGUAGCGUGGACUUUGUAGAGCUAAAGGAGAAGGACUCCCGCAAGGAGAAGGACGUGCUGGCGCAAUUGGACAAGUACAAAAUGCUGCGAUGGGUAGAGCGGACGUGGCUGUUGCGGCCUCAGAGGCAGUGGUUCCUCCUCACGGAACCUGAUGUCUACCUCAACCGGCCGAACCUGCUCUCUUGGCUUGGAAGUUAUGAGUCCAGCGAAUACCAUUUCUUCGCCAACAAGCCCGCUCCUGACGCUGGCCACACGGUCAUCUUAUCGCACGCCGUCAUGAAGGCGAUCAUAGUGGACAACCCAGACUUGAUCCCUUACUAUGAUAACAACAUUCGGAGCCACAAGAAUGCCUUCGAGGUUCUAACCACUGUGCUUUCUUCCACGCUUGACGUCAGCCCAAAUGCGACUUGGCCCAGCAUCUCAGAGUACAAUCCCGCCACGGCACCAUACGGGCUCGGACUAUGGUGCGAACCCGUCCUGACAAUGUCCAAGAUGACGACCGACCUCCGCAACGAAAUGUGGCGCUUCGACCGCGAUAGACGGGACCAGCAGAACAACGACGCGCUAUGCUUCGCAGACCUCUGGUUCCGCUUCAUGCAGCCCGAGAAUCUUGACGACCCCAGAGACGACUGGGACAAUCUAUCUUCGGGCCCCGGCUACGGACAGUGGAACAUCCUCUUCGACCGCAGACGCCAACGCAAAUCGGACAAAAAUCCAGGUAGAGCCAAGCCUGGGGAGGCAUCAUGGGAAGCGUGUCGCGACUCGUGCAGCGAGAACGAGUUUUGCGUGCAGUGGUCAUACUCAUCUCUGCCGAUGCCGAACAACAAUGAGAACGGCGACACAAAGUGCCAUCUGAGCAGGAGCAUGAAGUUCGGCUACCACGUCGCCCCGCAAGAGAAGGAACGCUCCGGGAAGUGGGCGACGCUGGUGUGGAAGAGCGGCUGGGAGAAGGAGAGAUUCCAGAGCUGGGCGAGGCAGCAGAGAUGCAAGAAGCAGCAGAAUUGA